UGCUACCAGAAUCAAAACAAACGCCAAUAAAAACAUUACACAUCCCAACUAAAUUAGUAACCCAAAAAUAUUUAAAAUAGGAACAAUACGCACAAGGAAAGACAGACGACAAAUAUGUGUGGACAGGUAUGAUAAGAAUUUAAUGCCCAGGUCUACAUAUUUAUACACAACAAGAUGUCACGUAAUGUUUUGCAAAGUAGUUUGCUUAACGCCGGAUUAAGUAUUAUUUUUCAGGUAUUAUGUCGUAUUAUAACCUUUGGUAUCAAUGCCUUCAUAGUGCGCAAUGUUGGCCGCGAGGUAUUGGGCAUAAUGAAUGUACGUUUACUGCUGCUGGAGAGUACGCUUCUGUUCUUAUCUCGUGAGGCUAUAAAUCGUGCUUCGCUUAGUGCUACCUCCCAGCAACGUGAAAAAUGCUCAUGGGCUCAAUUAAUAAAUCAACAGUGGCUAACAGUUCCCAUCUGCAUAGCUAUAAGCAUACCUUGCGUGUAUAUAUGGCUCAAUUGGCUAACGGCUGUUGACACUGUAUUUGCGGCACAAUACCGUUUUGCUUGUUAUGCUGUCGCCUUGUCUUGUGUCAUAGAACUGUGUGCCGAAGCUCCAGUGUUUAUAAUACAAGUGUUUUGUUUUGUUAAACUUAAAGUUAUUUUAAAUACUCUUCAUAUAUUUGUACGUUCAGUGGUGUUUCUUUGGAUUGUCUUAGGAAAUGGUUCGGUGGCCAUUUAUGCCUUUGCUAUUGCUCAAUUGGUUAGUGCGAUUACAAUACUUGUAUCUCAUUAUGGAUUUUUUGCCUAUUAUAUACAUUUGUUUGAAGAUUACAAGAAAUCCAUGAAGGAUAAAGAAAAUAAUUGGAAGCUACGAUUGCCAUUUGUUAAUAAAAACAUUUUCGAUAGUAUGCAUGAUUUUCCGUUUAGAAAUUUGAGGCAAUUUCUCCCCGGUACCAUGAUUAACAAGGAACGUUUUUUCAACUCAGAACUGCAAGUUUUAACUUUAAGCUUUGUCAAGCAAGGCGUUCUUAAGCAAAUUUUAACGGAGGGAGAGAAAUAUGUUAUGUCCAUGAGUCCUGUCCUAAGUUUUAGUCAACAGGCUACUUACGACGUGGUCAACAAUUUGGGCAGUCUGGCAGCAAGAUUCAUAUUUAGACCCAUAGAGGAAAGUAGUUACUUUUAUUUUACACAAACCAUUGCCAGAGAUGUGGAUCUCCAAAAACAGGAUAAGGCAAAAGUGCAGCAAGCCGCUCAAGUUCUAAGUCAUCUCUCUUUAGUUGUAUCAUCAAUAGGUCUACUGGCACUGGUAUUUGGUCAAAGUUAUUCACACACCCUACUGCUGUUGUAUGGUGGUGCUGAUUUUGUUGCCGACGGUUUGCCAGUUGUACUACUAAAAUGGCACUGUUUGGCUAUAUAUUUCCUGGCGGUGAAUGGUAUAACUGAGGGCUAUAUGUUUGCCACCAAUACCAGCCAAGACAUUGACAAAUACAAUUAUCUAAUGGCUAUAUUUUCUGUAAGCUUUUUGGUAUUAUCCUACGUAUUGACGAGUAUUUUUGGUCCCGUGGGCUUUAUAUUUGCCAACUGUAUCAAUAUGUUUUCGCGCAUUUGUUUCAGCACUCGUUUUAUUUGGCUGCAAUACAAGCCAUUAGAUUGCAAUCCACUAAUGGGUUUGUUGCCAAAGAGAUUCUUUAUAUUGACAUUAAUUUUUGUGGGAAUUGUCUGCAACUAUUGGAUGUUUAACACAACCAUUCUAAAGCACAUUACUUUAGGCGUUCUAAGCGUUGUAAUUGUUUUGGCUGUUUGGUCGUAUGAAAAUAAAGAUCUGAUAAAGCUGGGCUGGUCGUAUAAAAGAAAAUUAAAGGCUGUUUGAUGUAAAAGACAAAUGUUAUUAAUAAAUGCUAUAAAUAUCAAAUAUAUUAGAAGAAAUUAUGAAAAUUAGUUAAAGUUUUCUUUUUCUUCUUUAUAUUAAUUAAACAAGCUCACUUACUUACAUUCCUAGUAAAAUUUUGUUAAAUAUUUUUUUUUUUUUAUUUAAUUUUAUUUUUCAUAUAUAAAAAUGUAUAUAAAAGAAAUAUUAACAAUUUAUUACUUACUUACAUACCUAUAAAUACAUAUUUAUAAACUGAAAACAAAUUAAGAUUACAACUAAACAACUCUAAAUAAAAAUAAUAAAAAAAAACGUAUGGUCGUUUUAUAAGUACAUAAUAA